GUUUUAGUCGAUGAAGAAGAAAUCGUGUCGCGCAACUGACAUUGUAGGAUUAGUUAUAAUAAAGUUUAUUAUUUUUUAUCGAUAUUUGAACGAAAUAAUUUAAAAAAUUACGUUAAAAACAAUAAAUAAUACAUUUAAUUGUUGUUUCUAUGUUUUAUAGUUAGUGAAUAUUAAAUAAUAUAACCGUAUAAAUCUAAAAAGAUCUACAAAAAUGUGUAUAGUAUUAUUUUGUUAAACAAAUUAUUUACGAGAAUUUAAAAACAAGUGAAGUGAGUUUGUCUAAUAUUUUCGUUAUGAUCAUGUAUGGCAGUCGAGAAAAAUAGAAAAUGGAUAAAUACGAGCAAAUAUCAAUAGUUGGGGAGGGAUCUUACGGAUUAGUAAUGAAGUGCAAACAUAAAGAAACUGAUCAAAUUGUAGCAAUUAAAAAAUUUCUCGAGACUGAAGAGGACGCUACUAUAAGAAAGAUGGCGCUGAGAGAGAUACGUAUGCUCAAAAGGCUCAAACACGAAAAUUUAGUGACGAUGAUCGAAGUUUUUAGACACAAAAAACGAUUUUAUUUAGUUUUUGAAUAUUUGCAUGGGACCGUUUUGGACGAAUUGGAUAAAAUGCCAGGCGGUUUGGGAGAAGAAAGGUGUAGGGAGAGGGUAUUUCAAGUCACGAGGGGUAUCGGUUAUUGUCACAGCAAUCAUAUAGUACAUCGAGACGUUAAACCCGAAAACGUUCUAGUAUCAUCACUAGGAGUCGUAAAAUUAUGCGAUUUCGGUUUCGCGAGGUUAAUAACAUCAACAGGCGAAGCGUGCACCGAAUACGUUGCCACGCGAUGGUACCGAGCCCCCGAACUAUUAGUAGCGGAACCAAAUUACGGUACCCCGAUAGACAUAUGGUCGAUAGGUUGUCUAUUCGCCGAAAUGAUGACGGGGGAUCCCCUAUUCCCCGGAGACAGCGACAUCGAUCAAUUUUAUCUGAUAAUAAAGAUGUUGGGUAAACCUUGUUAUCGACACCAACAGCUUCUAUCGAAAAAUUCUCAACUCAGGACCUCGGUAAAGUUUCCCUCCGAAGAACCGCUCGGUCUGUACAAACAUUUCGCGUCAUGGCCCACGUUGUCCGUGGAUUUUUUAGAGUGUUGCUUGAAGAUGGAUCCCCAGCAACGAUAUACCGCCGACGAAUUGUUAAAACACAAUUUUUUCAUACACGAUUCGUUUCCGCAAAAGUUUUUACCGGCUCUGAGGGAUAAGGUCAACGUCGAAUUGAAUUGUCCGCUUUUGAGAAAAUACAAGACUGAGAUUUUGAUGUCUACUGAUAAGAGAGACGAGAUGAGAAGGAAACCUACCAGGGAUUCAAAAUGGAGGAUAUCGUUAACGGAAGGUACAAUGAAACGCAAACUGAGCGGUGGGGAUGGUACCUUCAACGAAAAUCCCAACGAUAAAAACUUAAUAACAUUAUCUAAAACUACCCAAAGACUGAACAUAUUGCAACACAGACCUGGUCAAACUUCGUAUCUAACGAAAGAUCGUUCUAAUAAAUUCAGUAACAUUAAUACGAAUUCUCAAAUACAGAUGUUGGAAAAAUCGUUGGAAAGUUUAGCUAAAUUCAGUUCUAGACAAGAUCAACAAAAGGAGGAUAUGGCGGAAUCGCCGCAAUUUCAACAUUUAGAUUUUGCGGAUUACAACCGAUCGCCUCAAGGUCAUUCCGUACUUCAUCCCACUAUAAAUAAUAUCAGUUUUAAUAAAGAUCCGCCUAAAAAAUCUCCAAAUGUCUUACAAAAUAUCAACAACCUCUAUUCGAAACCCAUGCAGGUUCCUUUAUUAAGUAAUCCUAGGACGCAAUUUAUGAAAAAAUUGGAAAGGAAUGCGGUAGUUGAGAAUAUUUUUUCUAGCGCGGGAGAUUCACAUGAUUAUACCCCUACUUGGUUCAAUAGUUUCAAUAAUAAUAAUCUAUUUAAAAAGCGGGAAAUUAAGAAACAAGACGAUUUUGUGUUGCCAAAUUUACCGGGUGCUACAAAUAGUUUAUCGAGAACAAAAAAACGAACUUCCCCUGAAAAAUCGAUUCCUCUCUCGAAUGACAUAACGCCGCGGAUACAUUCUUCUGCUUCGCUCAAAUCGUCUUCUUCGAAAAUUUAAAUGGAGAUUAUCGAUAUGUACGUUUUAGUGUAUAUAUAUACUGUUUUAGGGUUACAGGACGAGGGUGAAAAGGAAACGAAUCACCCUCGAUAUAAGUCUGCCUUAUAUGUACAAGGAUCAUGGGUAACAGGAUUUAUUUUCUUUGACAGCUAAAACGAAGUUUAAUUUAUUUUAUAUCGUUUUAUUUAUUUUACCGAAUUCUUUUAUAUUAUUAGUGAUAAAUAUAUUAUAUAUUUUUUAUGAGUAAAAAA